UCAAAAUUACCUUUGUUGCAUGGCGUCUUGUCUCACAAUACUUAUUAUUGUGUCUCAGAUUGGCGUCCGUCUCAAAGUGUACUUGUUACAAGUCCAACCCUGGCGGUCUGGCUUUGUUUCUUGAUAACUUUGAAAGGAUUUAAUUGAGGUGAACGCAGCAUGUCUCGUGACCCGCGUGAUCCUCGCAAUAAAUACUUGUCUAGCCGAGAGCGUGACCGGGUCCGUGAUCAUAGGGACCGCCCUCCUAUUUGGGGUCGCUCGGAUUAUCACCGCGGCCGGCCUCCGCCACCCAGGAAGCGGACUAGAAGCCGGAGUCCUCCGACCAGGGAGCUAGAAAAGCGCAGAAGCCGGUCGCCCAGAAAAUCUGACAAAGACCUCGAUGAAAAUAUAUUGAGUGAAAUUUCAAAGUUGCCGGAGCCUAGUGAAUUGUGGGACAACCAGAAUCAGUUUGGAGAUGGAUUCGGUGCCCCUCCAGCACCUGGAAACUUCCCACGAGAGGGCGUACAACCAAAUCCGUUCAAUCCCAACUACCAGCCAUCGUACUCUGGGAUCUACGAUGACUUCCCACCUGUUGCAUCACUGCCUCAAACAUCGCACCCUGGAGAUAUGGCAUCAUGGAAUCAGAUGUCUUUGCCACCCGCCCCUGGACCUCCAGUUUUUGUCCCUAAUGUUGAAGACCAAAUUAAGAAAGAAGCUGCUAUAGAAUCAGAAAUGCGUCACCAGAAAGCAGCUCUGUCCAAACAGCGCGAAGAUUAUAUAAAGAAGGCGGGCAUUUUGAAAAAGGAGUUGGACACAUUGAAAGACCAACGGAACGAACUGCGCGGAGACGCAAAGAGGUCCCCGAGUCCCGACACCAAGAGGUUCCUGAAGGAAAAUACUAAGUUACAGUUGGAGAUCCAGAACAAGUUGAAGACGAUCAACAACGUGGUGGAUAUGUUGAACGGGAUCAUCGGGGAAGAGGCGCACGCGCACGAGGUGCAUGAUUCUGACGAUUCGGACCACGGAUCAAAGCGAAAGUCCAGAUCGCCUUCGAAUCACAAGUUCAACUACGUUUACUAUGAUCCCGAAAUGCAUUGGUGUCGGGUUUGCAACGAAUUCCCGCCAACAGCUAAGGAUUACUUGAACCAUCUGCAUUCACCAGCACAUCAUAAAAUGGCGGCGGCGCACAUGGAAGCCCCGUGGCACUCCGUGACGGGCGUCAACGAAGGCUUCCCCAGUCUGCCCAGCGCGCCCACCAAGAGGACACCCAUACGAGGUCUCCAAUUCUUCGUGCCGUCGACAGCGUGGUACUGCAAACUAUGCGACCAAUUCAUCGGAGACUUGCACUGCGCCUCAGCACAUUUGAAGUCUAUAGUGCACUCUAAGAAUUACCAGAACUUCGUGGAACAAAACCCUCACUGGGAAACCGACUGGGUUUCCGACAGGCAGAAGGCCUUCGAAAAAUCCAGGGCCCAUAAGAAAGACACGGAGAAACCCCAGCAAUACACAGCUCACACGAUCACAUUCAGCAAGGACGGCUUCCACACCAAGAGUAAGGACCUCCCGUCUGAGGAUGACAGGAAGAGGAAGAAGGAUAAGAAGAAGAAGAUGAAGAAGAAGGCGAGCAGCAGCAGCUCGUCCAGCGAGUCGAGCAGUUCAGAAAGUGAUAGUAAAAAAAAGAAAUCUAAAGCAAAGAAACCCAAAGUGAAAGGGGAGUUGAAAGAGAAGGCGCUGUCAGAGUUCAUGUCCGCCAUACAGAUGGAGAUAUUGAACGACAACGACCGUAAACUGCUCAACAACAUCAAGAGCAGAAUGAAAAAUGAGAAGGAGAAGAAGGAAGAGAAACGUGAACGUUCUGUCUCCGUGUCCACCAGGAAGAUUCGCUCGCCCGCGCGCCGCUCCCGCUCGCCGCGCGCGCGCCGCUCGCCGCGCCGCCGCGACGCGUCGCCCGCGCGGGACAAGAAGCCCGAGAUCAAGAAGAUGCCCUUCAUAGGUAAAAUGCCCGUAUACAAGAACUUGGUAAAGAACGCCAAGAAUGAAGAGCAAAAGAAAGACGAACAGAAGAAGAAGGACGAAGAAGAAGAAGCGAGCAAAAAGAGAAGAGAGGAGAUGGACGCCGAAAUACAGAAGAAGGUGGCAGAGUUCAAGGAGAAGAUAGCGAAGGCCCAGCGCGGGCGGCAGCAGCAGCUGGAGAUGCCGCCGCCCGCGCUGGCGCUGCCCACGGCGCUGGGCGCCGCGCCGCCCGCGCUGCUGCCGCCCGCCGCUGCGCACGCGCCGCCGACGCUCGCCCCGACGCCACAGCCGAGCCUGCCCAAAGACCUGCAAGAGGCGCUGGACAUAAUAUUCCCUAACGACGGCAAAACGGACCUGACCCAAGUUUCCCAGGACAUCCUCGCCGCCAUGCCGGCCAUUCCCCCGGGAUUCCCGCUGGGAAUGUCGCCAUUCCCAUCCCUCCCCCUGAUGCAGCCGCAAAUACCGGGAAUGUUCGGGUUUGAACUCAACCCCCCAAUGUUCCCGCCCCGGCCACAAUUGUACGACACUCAUGUCCCGCUAGUCCCAAGUAAACCUCGCCCGAAACAUAAUAGAAACAAAAAUCAUGAGCCGAAAGUGCAGAAGCAUACGCCUCAGAAGACUGAGGAGAAGAAUGACAAAGCUAAGAACGAUGCGGAGGCGAAGAGUGCUAAGAUCAAAGAAGAAUUAGACGAUCUGGCGAUGUUAGGAAUAGACGCGUCCGAUGUCGGGGCGGGAAUGUAGUAUAUGCCUAAAAAGUAUAUUAUAAUGGAUGUCGUUAAAGGCGACUAAGGGAUAGGCUUACAAACUUGGGAUUUUUUUUUUUAGGCGAUGGGCUAGCAACCUGUCACUAUUUGAAUCUCAAUUCUAACAUUAAGUCAACGUGGCCAUUCAGUCUUUCCUGUUGGCUCUGUCUACCCCGCAAGGGAUAUAGACGUGGCCCAUAUGUAUGUAUGUAUAUUAUGUAUUGACUAAGCGUUAGACGUAAUUUGUAAGUCUUGUUUUAUUGACUAAGCGGACUUAAUUAGAUGCUGUGUUAUGUUAUGUAAUGACUAAUGUAUGUUGUUAUUGAUCGAAAUUAAAAAUCGUCGCUUUGAAUUAUAACAGAAUUUUAAUGUUUAAUAGAUCCGAAAUAAGAGUACCUAUACAGUGUGUAACUAAAAACCUGUCCGAACCGCGAAUGUCAUGUGAGCUUGUGUAGGUAGGGAUUUAUCGAUUUAUUGCCAGAUAAGAAGUGUAAAAAUACCCAUUAUGUAAAAUUAUGUUGAGGGUGGUAAAAAAUUAAUUGUAUGUUAUGGACGGUUACUCACAUGGCAACACUUAUAUGUACCUAUUCUUUCGCGCUUAAUCGGCAAUCCCGAAAUACCCACGGAAACGGAAGUUAGUUGAUGGGUUUUCCGUUUUACGCGGGCGGAGUUGAAGGCGCUGAAUAUAUAUAUAUAUAUUUUUUCUUGUAUUACUUUAAACUAUUUUUUUUUAUUGCAGCUUAAGUACCGUGUCCUUAUCGGAUCGGACAGGAUUUUUGUUAGAUCUUGUAUUAAAAGUCAUAAUAUCUUACGAACGGAAAUAAUGAAAUAUAAAUUUCAUAUGUAGUGUAAAUCUGUCAAAAUUUAUGGGUAGUAGGUAUAGUAUUAAAAUUACUGUUUUAGGCCGGUUAUGUACUGGGUUAUUCCACAAUUUUUUGUAUUGUUGCCAAAACUCUAGCGGGGUUAUGUAUAUUUUUUAUAAGGUAAUAAAUAUCUUACACUUCCA